AUUGAUCCACAUAUUAAGGUAGAAGAAGGGUACAAUGUGUAUGAUGGAGCUUUGGAGAAAGAUUUGUUUGUUAAAAAUUCCGAUGGGACAAAUUUCCAAGGUUCGUGCUGGCCUGGUACUAGCAGUUGGAUGGAUUUUUUGAAUCCUGAUGCUAGAGAUUACUAUGCUAGUAUGUACUCGUAUGAGAAUUUCAAAAACACAACUCCUACUCUUGCCGGGAUUUGGAACGACAUGAAUGAACCCUCAGUCUUUGAUAACAGUUUAGAAAUGACCUUGCCCGCAAAUGCCCUCCAUCAUGGUAAUGUCAAACACCAUGAAAUUCACAACAUUUACGGAUUUCUCCAUACAAUGUCAACCCAUAAAGGUCUCCUUGAUCGUGAUAAUGGCCAACGACGUCCUUUUGUCCUCACUAGAUCAACAUUCGCCGGAUCCCAAAGAUACGCAGCUUUCUGGACUGGUGAUAACGGCUCAGAUUGGCCAUAUCUCCACGCCGAAGUCCAAGAAUGUCUAAAUGCUAAUAUUCUGGGUAUCGUCAUAUGUGGUUCUGACAUUGGUGGUUUUUUCAACAACCCUGAUGAUGAGCUCUACGAGAGGUGGUAUCAAAUCGGAGCUUGGCUUCCGUUUUACAGAGGACACUCUAACAAAAACACAGAACGACGUGAACCUUAUCUUAAACCUGAAGACGUCCAAGUGAUAGUCAGAGAAGCCCUUCAAACUAGAUACAAGCAUUUGCCAGUUUGGUACACUUUGGCGUACGAACAUACAAUAACUGGAGACCCAAUUGUAAGACCUCUCUUUUAUCAAUACCCCGAAGAUGUUAAUGUUUAUAAAAUUGAUGACCAACUUCUUGUCGGGCGUGACAUUUUGGUGAAAGCUGUAACAGAAUCAGGAGUUAAAUCCGUUGACGUUUAUUUCCCUGGUGGUGAAAACGAAGUUUGGGUUUCUGCGACCGGUGAUGACGUACAUGUCGGAAAUGGUACAGUCACUAUUCCGAUCACUAGAGAAAACAUUCCAGUUUAUUACAGAAGAGGUGGGGUUAUUGUCAGAAAAGAUACAGUUAGGCUAAAUACUGCUGAUAUGGCAAGUGACUCUUAUACAGUACAUUAUACAGUCGAUGAGACUAAUAGAGCCCAUGGAACUCUCUACACUGAUGAUGGUGUCAGUUUUAAAUACCGCGAUAACAAUGAUUAUUCCUAUGUUGAUAUUCAAGUUUUAGGAGACAGUGUUACAAUUUCGACCAUUCAAGGUGAUGGCAAUUUUGAAUUAAAAAUUGAAAAAAUUAUACGUCGAGAUAUUAUCAAAAUGCCUGAAGAAAGUCAACCUGGGCGGUACCAAGAAACUGUUUACUCUACAGACGCUUCUGGAAAGCUUCUAAAAGAUAUUAGAAUUGAUCUUAAAAAUAAAACUGUAUUGAGAAUCAAUUAA